CAGGUUCUCUUCCUGUCAACACAGAAAUUAACAUGGCGACGAACGCUGGAGUGAAUGUAAAUGCUGGCACGAGGGCUAAUGCUACUAGCUUCCAGAAGAAAUCCCGCAGUAAACUCGCCUCCAUCCCAGGGACAAGACCGUCUGUUCAAAACGGGCAGCUUCUAGUGUCUACCGGGGUCACUUCACUUGAUUAUGUGAUAGGAGGUGGAUUAGCUGUUGGAACCCUACUGCUUAUUGAGGAAGAUAAAUAUGACAGCUACUCCCGCAUGUUGCUGAAGUAUUUUCUUGCCGAAGGUGUUGUCUGUGGGCAUUCUCUUUACAUAGCUUCAUCCAGAGAUCAUCCAGGUGAUAUUUUGCAGGAACUUCCAGCCCCCUUGCUUGAUGAGAUCUCAAAUACAGAAGUGGAAAAAGAGCUAGCAAAAGCAGGUGAUUCUUCGAGGGAAACUCAGGACUCCAUGAAAAUAGCAUGGCGGUAUCAGAACCUACCGAAAGUACAGACUACUCUGGCAUCCUCUUCAAGAUUUGGUCACUACUAUGAUGUUUCCAAAUCAAUGAGUACUGAUAUGUGUGAGGCAGCCACAUGUCAUAGCUUCUUCCUUCCUAAUGAGCUGCCUUUGGAAUCUGCCGCAGAAUCAAGUAAUAUGAACAUGGGCUAUAUCAAGCUGCUGCGAUCCAUCCAGGGAGUCAUCCACAAGGAAGGAUUUGACGGAGCUGGUCCCCAGAACAAGCCAAGAAGUAUUCUCAGGAUAGGAGUCCAUUCGCUUGGAUCAGCCCUUUGGGGUGAUGACGAUAUCUGUUGUAAAGAGAACCCAGAACAUGCCCACAGUCUGACAACAUUUCUGUACAGCCUGCGUGCGCUUCUCCGAACGUCGCUUUCUGUUUGUAUGGUUACGGUGCCUUCACACCUCAUUCAGAACAAGGCAAUUAUGGGACGUAUAACGAAGUUGUGUGAUACAGUGGUCAGUCUGGAGUCAUUCAGCGGCUCGGAGAGGGAAACUAACCCUCUUUACAAGGACUAUCACGGUUUGUUACACGUGAAGCAGAUUCCUCAUCUCAACAGUUUAAUGUGUGAAGUUCCUGACACAAAGGAUCUUGCCUUUAAAUUAAAGAGAAAGCAGUUUACUAUAGAGAGACUGCAUUUGCCUCCAGACUUGUCAGACACAGUGAGCCGUUUGAGCAAACAGGACCUGGCAGAAUCUGCCAAACUGCUGGGAUUGGGAUGUGGCACCACGGCCACAGGCAAGAAUCACCUGGACUUCUAGUGGUUUCUAUUUAACCAUUUCACUUGCAAUUUGUAGGACCCUCUAAUUAUGGCUACAGAUUUCAUUUGUCAACAAGCUCUAAUGUGUCUCCCUCUGCUGUCCCAGCAGCAAAACAAACACAAAACUGUGGGAUCUUCGAUUGGCAACAGAUUAUUUCACUUAAUAAAGGCAACCAUGUUGAUCACUUACUUCCUAAACUGUAGAAAAGUGUUAAAUCCAUUGUAUUUAACAGCAUUUUUGUAUGUGUUUUUUUUUUUUUUUUAAAAGCACAAAUUGUUACCCCUUUUGUGAUUUAUUAUUUAAUACUGGAUGUAUUGUUUACUGCUAACAGUUUAUUGUUAGAAAUCCAUCUCGGCUUGAUGGCUAAAAAACAGAAACAUCCCUUUUGCUGAUGGAAAAAUGUUAUCCUAACAGAUGUCACAGAGUUGCAUGGCUGUGGAGACUGCACCGUACAGCACAAGACACAGGAAAAUCAAAAACUGUUAACAUCAAUAUUGUCAUUUGUCAUAUGUUUUUGAUUUAUUAAAAAAGAAGAAAGAAAAAACCUGGGAAAUGCAGAUUCACUUGAAAACAAAAGCAAAGGCAAGAUUGAAAUGCCUAUCCACGUACAGUAUAAACUAAAAAUGGGCCUUCAAUGUGUCACAACAUUUUUUGUUCAUUUUGAACUGGUAUUUAAGUAUAUUAAAAGACAAUAUAUACA